AUGGCGGGUCGUGGAAAUGACAUAGAUGAACUGAAUAAAAUAGAAAGAGAAUUCUGGGAUUGGAGACUGGAAGAUUCUCCAGAGUUUGCAACUCUAACCGGAAAUACGAAAUACAAUGAUCGACUGCGGCAUUUUGGGUUGGAUCUCUUCAAACCGAGAAAUGACAAAGUUGAAGGGUUUUUAAAAAGAGUGAAAGCAUUAGAUUCUUCAGGAUUCAACCAAAAACAACUUGCAGAUUAUCUUAUAUUCAAAGAUAGCUUACAAACUUAUGUUGACGGUUACAAAUGGAGAAAUCACAAUCCACUCAAUCCGUUCAACUUCCUGGAAGGUUUAACAGCUAAUCCUGAUCACUUUGUGGAUACUACACCAUUUAUAUCACGUGGGGAUUUUGAAAAUUUUAUUGAACGAUUGCAGAAGAUUCCAAAACAGUUCGAUGAACAAACAGAGUUGCUGCGAGAAGCUAUAAAACUUGGUAAUACAUACAACAACGCUUCGGUGAAAGCUGUGCCUGGUCAGAUUGAUGAACAUAUAGUUACAGAUUUAAAAACUUCAAUCUUUUAUAAACCAUUCCUCGAAAUGCUGGAUAAAUCAUCAGUGCCGGAAAUAUUCAAGGCCACCAUGAGAGAACGAGCAUUAAAAGCAAUCAGUAACAUCAUGGUAGCUUACAAAGAUCUGAAACACUUUAUCAUCAACGACUACAUGCCUCGCACCAGAACCACGUGGGGAAUCAGUGGUUGGACUGAUGGUGCCAAAGAUUACGAAGCCUGUUUAAAAUGGCACUUGUCAUUAGAAAUGACGCCAAAAGAAGUUCAUGAUAAAGGUUUACAGGAAGUGGAAAGGAUCCAGAAAGUUAUGAAAGAGACCAUGAAACGUAUUGGUUUUAAUGGUACCAUUCCAGAAUUUUACAAAAUGAUCCGAGAAAAUCCUAAAUUCCACUUCAAAUCAGCGGAUAUAUUGCUAAAAGGGUACGACGACAUCAUUUAUAAAGAAAUAUUCCCCAAGUUACAUCAACUAUUUAAAGAUAUUCCGAAUUUGCCCCUAUCAAUACAGAGAAUGCCCUAUGAUGGUGCUGGUGGUGAAUAUUUAUCAGGAACUGCUGAUGGAUCCAGGCCAGGAGUAUUCUAUGUUAAUUUAAGAAGACCAGAACAAAAAGCUACUAUUGAUAUGAUGUCUCUGUCUCUACAUGAAACAGUUCCGGGUCAUCAUCUACAGAGUAUCUAUGCAUUGACAGCAUCUUUACCAGAUUAUAGAAAGUUUCAAGAAGAUUCCAAUUACUAUCAACCACCGUUAAAAUUUCCCUUUUACACAGCUUAUUUGGAGGGAUGGGGUCUGUAUAGUGAAUAUCUAGGAGAAGAAUUAGGAUUGUAUACAGAUGAUUACGUUCUAAUGGGAAGAUAUGGUGCUGAAAUAUUCCGAGCUGCAAGAUUGGUUGUUGAUACCGGUUUACAUCAUUACAAUUGGACAAGAGAUCAGUGUAUAAAGUACAUGUUAGACAGAACAGCUUAUGGUCAAGGGGAAAUCGAAAACGAAAUAGAUAGAUACAUGACAUGGCCUGGACAAGCCUGUGCCUAUAAAAUUGGGGAACUGAAAAUCAAAGAGUUGAGAGAAAAGGCUAAGAAUGCUUUGGGUUCGAGGUUUGAUGUUCGAUCUUUCCACUCUGUAGUUUUAGAGAAUGGGCCUGUUCCUUUAACUACCCUGGAAAUGUUGGUUGAAAAUUGGAUAAAAACUGAAUCCCAACGCCAAGUAAUUAUUGGGAUGUAA